AUGCAGCCCAUCGGAGUGAAUGAGUACGCCCCUGCCCUUGCUGUACUUUGCCUCGAAGUGGCUUACCUUGCGCUUUGCCUCGUUCGCGAUUAUUUCCCGGAGCCAUUGUCGAAAGAUAGACGCUGUUUUCUUAGAGUCGCUCUUAUCAUUUACUCUAUUAUGUCGGCUGUAUUAGUAUCGGCAUUUUUUAUUACGCGUCGAACACCGAACACCCAGCUACUUUCAUAUGUGUUGUUCUACACAUGGGAGCUUGUUAGUGGACUAUGCCUAGGGGCAGAAAUUGCUUAUCUCUGUCUUUCUAUACUUCCAUUUCGAGGUGUUAGGAAAUACGCUGUGAUAGCGUGUGCUUCCCUACUCACCGCCGCUAUUCUGGUUGUAGGGAUUUGGUGCUUGGUGACUACGCAAAGGCUGUGGCUUUGGGUAUUCAUUACGCUUUACAGCGGAGCCUUGGCACUGACAGGUGCUUCCUCCACCAACGAUGCGGCCCCAAUUCAUACACGCUUACAGCGACACUGGGUUUGCCUCGGACUGCCCGCCGUGUUGGGCCUUGCGCUAGGACUUGUGGCUGCUUUUGUGGCGGCUGAAAAGGCGCCCAUUCUGCAGCAUAUACAGUACUUCUCUCACUCAUUGGUUGGUCUUUUUGUCAUCUGUCUCAUGCAGGUCAUGGGGUGGGUAACUACACGCCGGUUACGAAGACAGGCAAAGGAGGCGAGUCAAGCUCCUCGGCGGGAUAGAAGUUCUCCCGAACAAGGGCUGUCUCUUGAGAGCUCGACCGCAGUGUGUCUGGAGGAAGUGAUUGGUCUUGAUGAUCUUGAAAGUCUGGCAAUGGACGAGGAUCCUGGCGAUCCUGGGAAGGGCGAAGGAUGCAGGGGGCGCCCCGAUAGCACGACUCUGGGAUGGGGGAAGGAUAUGUUUCACCCUCAGCAGACUGCAAGCCAGUCAAGAGAAAGGUUAAUAGGCAAAGUCGGCAGUAUUCUACAGGACUGCCUACCAACUUUCGACACACGCCUCACAUUAAACAACCAUUACGCUGUAUUUGCCACACCCUUCAACACGACAGAAAGCGACAGUGACAAAGCCGAUCUAUCCAAAGCUUGCAAAAUACUCAGGAGUUCCGAGAACAAGUUUAGGAGCUUUAAGACGCAACUGGAGAGUGUCUCAAAAGGUGCAUACAUGGGUAUUCGCACAGCGACAGAGUUUUUGGUCAUUGCAAAGUACGACACCGAUCAAGAGAUCAACUGCAUCAGCAGCAUCAGCUGCAUCAGCUGCAUCAACUGCGUCCGCUGCAUCCGGUACUCCAACUACUUCAACUGCAUCAACUACUGUUUCCAGUCAAUGUCUAGGCUAGAUCGAUCCAAUGCGGGAUCUCCGCUGUACUGUGGCAAGACCAUGUUCGUGGCUAUGGCCAAAAUGAGGAAACACCGGCUCCCUAUUAUUAUGGCUUCUCAGAUUGCUAAGAACCAUGGCCUAGUUUCAGACCAGGUAGAGGUCUCGGUCUGCUCUCCAAAUCGCGCACAACAUCCCGAUGAGAGCGGACCAGCUCGGCGCGUCCAGAAUCUUUCGGCUCUCCAGCCAAAUUAUGCCCAUAAAAGAUACACUAUUCUCGCCCAGGCCAUGCUUAUUCGUGUGCGAAAGAAUGAGGACUUGCGGAUUCAAUCAUGUUUAAGCGACGACAGUCUCUGCCGAGCCUUGUCGCCACUGCGUAACUCUACUGACGGGACUAUCAAUGAUUCGAUCGAUACCCUCAGCGACAAGUUUCAAGCUCAGCUACGUCAGGACAAGGUGGCCGGACUACUGGCAUGUUUCUUCCCGUUGCAGGGCUAUUCCACCCGUAACGAGCAAGCCGAAGUUGCAGCAUCGAGCUUGAGAACCUUACAGCAAAUUGGUGUCAUCUCAGAGAUCGGACACUCCGAGGAGGACCAACUUCACAUUAUGGCCAAGGUCUGCGGAAAAUUGUGCUUUAAGAAUACUUUUGAGCUUCCCACUGGUCUUGACGAUACGAUGUUGCCUGAUCUGCUUGCCAAGUUCACAAUUAUGGAGGUAGCCCGCGACAGUUGCUCGUCUCGAUUUCUCAAGGCGCCGCUUACCUCCUUGCAACGCCGAGUACCGAAUAUGGCUGCCGAUUCCAAGCCUACAAGCGAGGCAGUUGCGUCUAUGGCCGCUAGAGUCGCCCCUUUCGAGUCCUCCAUUGAGCCCGCCAAUACCGUGCCAAAGCCUUCUCCCGCCCUCACCCGGAAAAAGGCACUAGCAAAGUUUGGCCUCGGCGGUUCAUGUUCCAGCGAGCAGGGCGGGUUCCUGAUGGAUGGUUCCCUUGGAUCUACUCCUUGUGAUGUUCGGCCCGCAGAGCCACUCAUCUCCGAGAGCGCCAUCGACUCGGAUACCGAUGACGACUGCGUUAACGAGAGCGCUAUUGACGACGAUGACUCUUCCGAUUGGGAAGACUCUGACAGCAGCAAAUCGAGCGUUGAGGCGAAGUUCUUCCAACGUGUUGAGUCCAAGGCGCACCUAGUCUCCCGCUGCCCACCGUGCCGUUUGAGCUUCUUUGCCCUGCUCUACUCGGGUUCCUUCCGCGCCGAGGUCGAGAAGAACCCGCACGGUCGAGUGCGCGCGGCCUGCACGACGCGCAGCUGUUCUGGGCGGCUGACGCCCGGCCCGGCGCUCAUGUCUCCCGAGUGCGACGCCGUGUACCCGGCCGUCGGCGGCGCGGGGGCGCUGUUGCGCGCUCAUCGGCUGAGCGUGAUCGCCAGGGCGACGACGCUGGCGGUCGCAGGGUCUAACGGGACGUUGAAAUUCGGCAUCUGGGUCGACCCGGAAAUGGUGAACCCCAAGUCGGCGUUCUUCGACACGCACCCCGACUGGGGUUUCCAGGCCGCGCAGCGAAGCUUGCCACCAGACUUUAUCAUUGACAGCAUCAUGGCGCCUAUUUCGUUCGUCAAGUGCGACAGAAAUCGCGGCAUCCACGAGACGGCCUCCGCGUGCUUCUUCGACUCCUACCUGCGCGGGCUCUACCGGGUCCUCGAGCAGCUGACCACGCGCUUCCCCGACGUCCUCUGGGAAGGCUGCGCCUCGGGCGGCGGCCGCUUCGUUGCCGGCAUGCUGCCGUACUUCGCGCAGUCGCGGGCCUCGAACAAGACGGACCCCGUCGACCGCACCGCCACCCAGCUUAGCGCGACCAUCGCGUGCCCAACCUCCUCCGAGCUCGACUCGCGCGGCGAGGACAUUCCCGUCGUAGAUAUACAGUAG